GCAACACAUCAUCAAGCACUCGUCUCGUGCACCUCCCCCCGCUCGGUACACGUCGACUCAGAAACAGACACAAACACCAUGCGAUCCAUCGGGGCACUGCUGUUCUUUCUUCCCUUCACCUCGGCCUUCCUGGCGCCGACGGCUUCCCUGCCGCGUAGCGGCCGUACCACCUCCCCUUUCGUAGGCGGAGUUCAGGCAUCGUCACAGCAGCAGCAGCGACGGCAUGCGAGGUCGUCGUUGACAAUGGUCGAGCAAGACAUCAUUUACGGGGGCCUGGUGGCUGUGGCGGGGCUGGCCGUGGGCGCGGGAAUGGUGGCUCUCACGGAACAGGCGGGGGUGCGCUCGGAGGAGCGCGGAGCGCUAUCGUACGAGAGGAAGAUGAAGAUGCAGGCCAUGUUUAUGGAGGACGACGUUGUCGAGGAGACGGACGUGGAUGACGUGCGGUACAACAUGCGCAAGGCUCUCCGCGCCAACCAGACGGAAGAAGAAUUGUUGGCGUUGACGGCGGACGCGAGGAAAAGGGCAGAGGAAGAGGCCGACGAUGGUUGGUAAACCAAUAAUAUAGCAAGACGGAGGGAAAAGGCGGCGGAACUAAGUUACUUUUUUAGGAUUGUGGGAUGGCCCGGGAGGAACGACGGCGAAAGGAAUUGUGACGACGAGUAGCGCUGGGGAUGUCCGGGGUUCAGGCGCCUAGGAAUAAGCCAGGGAGUUCGAACGGGUUGGUUGCUACAGGAUGGCCGGGACUUUGUGGCGGUUAUGUCUGUCAGGAGGUUAUCCACAUGCAUCUUCGUCCGAGUGGCUUGCGACACAGCGGUGGGAAGUAUAGAGGGUUUGUAUUUUGGUGGGUUUUAUAUCCAUUCUAUCCUCCGCGUUGCCGCAUAUGUUUCGAUCGUUGGUGUUCACACGCUCAGCACUCCAUGCCUUACCAGCACGAAGGUCGUAUUUAGGAUGGGAUACGAUGGGGAAGUUUGGCGUUCAUGCGCGUAUUUGUGUGUCACACGCGCUUAGCAAACCUAGAGAGCGUAUAGUAGAAGGCUCUUGGUAGGAGCCAAUCGGGCACAUGACGAAGUCUUCGUUUGUUGCGCGGUGUGGUGGGUAAUGGAAGGUUCGUUCGUUUCUUCCGUCUUUUGGCCUUGGUUUGUCAUAGGAGGUCGCAAGGCCCACCAGCAGUGUGACCGUGCUCUCCCCCCGCGUAGCUUGUCGCGCCAUCUCUCACCUCAUUGUGCUUGUUGCACCGUGCACUCAGCUGUUCCAAAUGUCUAUUAGGAAGAUCUUAAAAUCUUGGAAUUAGCCGCCCAGACGACAAACAGAAGAGCACUUACAAUCAAAUAGCGCGUGCUUUAC